GCCACUUUUUUGUUCUCCCUUCCCUCCUCUCGCGACUUUGGUCCUUGAUUCACUCGCUCCCAUCCUCUACUCGCCAACUCUCGCCGCUAUCAUCGUCGCGUUUCCUCACAGUUGAUGCCACUCGCUUCAAGGGCUGCAGUCUGGUGCACCUGCCCGUGAUGAUCGCCAAGUUGGUAUCGCCGUUGGGCUCUCCCAAGUUGGCUGCCACAACGGCGCAAUUCCGAAAUCGUUUGCCGACCCAAUUUCGGCGCGGCGCACCUCUUUACAUCGCGGUUGUCGUUUUCGUCCUUUUCCUUUUGAACGUAACACUCUUUCACUCAGGUGUCCAAGACACAACGUUCGUUCUCCCUCACGUCGCGACCAAGCAUAAUAUUCCCAAGUACACGCGCACCGAGUUCCCGCGAAAGAUAUGGCAGACUUGGAAAGUCAACCCGCUUGCGUUUGAGCAACGCGAUCUCGACACCGCGCGGUCCUGGGUGGGACAGAACCCCUCAUACCGAUACGAAGUUCUGACCGACAGCAAUGACAUGCAAUACGUCGAGUGGCAUUUCGGCCCCGACGGAUUCAACCGACCCGAUAUCGUCAACUUUUACCGAAGCGUCAAGGCUGCAAUUGUCAAGGCCGAUCUCUUGCGAUACCUAGUCAUGUACGCCGAGGGCGGUCUAUAUGCCGACAUCGAUGUUGAAGCCCUCAAGCCGCUUUCGAAAUUUGUGCCAGAGCGAUACGACAUGGCUGAUAUUGAUAUGGUCAUUGGCGUCGAAAUCGACGAGCCCGACUGGAAGGACCAUCCCAUUCUUGGACCCAAGUCGCGCUCGUUUUGUCAGUGGACAUUCAUGUGCAAGCCGCAACUGCCAGUCAUGAUGAGGCUGAUUGAGCAAAUAAUGACCUGGCUGAACGGGGUUGCUAAAGAGCAAGGUGUGCCGCUUGCCGAAGUCAAGCUCGAUUUUGACCAGAUCAUCAGCGGAACAGGCCCCUCAGCCUUCACCAACGCCAUCAUCGCCGAGAUGAACGAUGCCAACGAGAAUCCGGGUAAACCUAUCACCUGGGAUACGUUUCACGAUCUGGGGGAAUCCAAGCUUGUGAGCCGCGUUUUGGUCUUGACGGUUGAGGCCUUUGCUGCUGGCCAGGGCCAUUCCAACUCGGGCAACCAUGACGCGCGCGCCGCCCUGGUAAAGCACCACUACCACGCCUCGAAUUGGCCCAGCCGACACCCGAGAUAUAAACACCCGGCAUACGGUGAGGUCGAACAGUGUAACUGGGUUGACGAAUGUGUCAAGAAGUGGGACGAAAACGUUGCCGCUUGGGGAAAACUUUCGGAACCCGAACAGAAGAGCAUUCUCGCCGAGAAGGAACGGAAAGAAAAGGAGCGUGAGGAACAGCGAAAGAAGGAGGAAGAGGAGCGCAAAAAGAAGGAAGAGGACGAUCGUAAGAAGAAAGAAGAAGAAGACAGGAGGAAAAAGGAAGAAGAGGAGGCGAAGGCAGCUAAAGAAAAGGCAGCCAAGGAGAAUGCCGGUAAAGGGAGCGAGAAGGCGGCAAAGGACAACAAACCUUAGGAGUGGUUCUGAUGUUUUGUUGCCUACUUCAUCCGCUCGUUGAGUCUGGUUGUCAAACUAUUGGUUGUCGAGAGGCUAGGUCUGGGACUUGGACGGUAAAACCCCUGUCUUCGGUGCGUUACCGUACGACCAGGAA